AUGGGAAAAUUAAAGAGAAAGAAAUUGGCCAACGCCCUUGGCCGUAUACUCAACAAGGCGGACAAGAGGAAAGAACAAGAACGCAAAGCCAACGCAUACAACGACAAUAUGAAUAGAGCAAAAAAGAACCAAAUAAGAAAAACCCCUUCCCAUACAGCUCGUGUUCGACCACAAUACAGUUCCAAAGAUAGAAUUCUUCUUGUGGGCGAGGGUAAUUUUUCAUUUGCCCGGUCUUUGUGUGAAAACUAUUUAGAAGAAGGUGCUGAGCAUUUGACAGCAACUUGUUAUGACUCUGAGCAAGUGCUUUAUGAGAAAUACGGAGAUGAAGUGAAAGAAAAUAUCGAAUUUGUACGUGAAUUUGGUGGCAUUGUUUUAUUUGAUGUGGAUGCAACUGACUUUCCUAAAGAAAUCAAAAAGAGCAAAUACACAAAGAUUGUGUUUAACUUUCCUCAUGCUGGUGCUGGUAUCAAGGAUCAAGAUCGAAAUGUGAUUGCUAAUCAAAAGUUGCUGAAUGGAUUUUUUGAUGCCGCCAGUCCUUUACUAUCUAAAAGCACAGAUCAACCAGUAGAAACAAGCGAUCACUUGCGCAUUGAAGAUGAUGGCCCUAUACCUGAAGGAGAAAUUCAUGUUACAUUGAAAACAGUCAAGCCAUAUAACUUAUGGGCUGUUAAAAGUCUUGUGAAAGCAAAAGGUGUCUUAGCUGUGAAAGGUACAGCGCCUUUCUAUGUGGACGAUUUCCCUGGUUACGAACAUAGACGUACACUUGGAUUCAAGGAGGGCUUGAGCAAAGGCGCUAAUGCAGAAAUUAUUUCUUCAGAACCAAAGCGAUAUAUUUUUGUUCGAAAGGAAGUGAUGGAAGACGAAGUUCAAAAGAGUAUUAAGGGCUCACAAAAGAGAAAAUUAGAAGAUUUAAAGGCACAAAUGGGGAAGAAAGUGAAGCGAAAGAAGUCUCAGCAUUCUGAUGACGAUGAUGAUGAAUAG